AACUCGCCGAUUCUUCUCCGGGCUAUUUGUUGAGCAAUUGCCGGAGUCUCUCUCUCUCUCUCUACUUUUUCUCUCUCAUCAAUCGGUUUUUGGAGAAUGUUGUGCCAAUGGUUUGAGUAGAAUCCAAUCCAUGGUAGCUUUUCAAUUCCGAAGCAUAAUCUAGGGUUCGGUUCUGGAAAUAUUCCGUCAACUUUUCCCAAUUCGUGUUGAUCAAUCGCGCUUUCUUCUCCGUCGACCGGCCUCUUCUAAUUUUUCGGCUGCCGCGUGGUGGAGAAUUCUUCGAUUUUGGGGCUUUUUAUUUGAGGCUAUGUAUAUUGAGGAAUUGAAGGAAGGGGAGUUGCAGACUGGGGAGGAGGGGAGUUAUCGUGCUAUUGUUAGUGAUUUUGAGAGCCAAAGCAUCGUAAGGUCUGAUGUAAAAAGGAUCGCUGUUGGAGUUGGGGCUCGUGUGCUUUUCUACCCGACUUUGCUUUACAAUGUUUUCAGAAAUAAGCUUCAGACGGAGUUUCGUUGGUGGGAUAGGGUCGACCAGUUUAUAUUGUUAGGUGCUGUUCCAUUUCCUGCCGAUGUUCCUCGUUUAAAGGAGGUUGGCGUUCGAGGGGUGAUAACCCUUAAUGAGCCAUACGAGACUUUGGUUCCUUCAACCCUAUAUCGCGAUCACGGCAUUGAUCAUCUUACCAUUCCCACUAGAGAUUAUUGCUUCGCACCUUUAUUGAGAGACAUUUGCAUUGCUGUAAAUUUCAUCCACAAAAAUGCAUCACGUGGACGAACCACAUAUGUUCAUUGUAAAGCUGGACGAGGCCGUAGCACAACCAUUGUUAUAUGCUACUUGGUGCAAUACAAGCAAAUGACGCCGGAUGAAGCUUAUAGUCAUGUGAAGUCAAUCAGGCCAAGGGUGCUUUUAGCACCAUCACAAUGGCAGGCCGUCCUGGAAUUCUACCACCUGAUGGUGCAGAAGGAUGUUUCCUUCUGCCACAUCAAUGAUCUAGGAAAGAAAGUGUCGGUAUCAUCACACGAUCUUAUCACAUUUGAUGAUAGUUCUGUAGUUGUUGUAAAAGAGUCCGAUCUUGAAGGAUAUGACCAAAGUAUCAGGCGAAGUGAAAUGGGUGAUAUCUGGGCAGAUUUAAGUAUGGUCUGCAGGGUUCGUGUUGCUGGUCAUGCAGCUCUGACAAGAAUCUCUUGUUUGUGGCUCAGCUAUCGAGCAAAACACCAUAGCCAGAAGAUUUCAGGAGAUGAUAUAGGCGUCGGAAAGGGCUGUUCACUCAGUGCUACUCAUUUGGAAGGGUUCAGUGUGGACAUCCAUGUCUAUUAAACCAACUCAGAGGUCACAAGUUUUCUGUACUUAACUCAUAUAUAUGUGAUAAAAUAUAGCAAAAUAUGUAUCAGGCAGAAUUGAAAUUGUUAAUAUGCAUCUGUAAGUGAGAUUGUGCUGUCCAAUAUGUUUUUCAUUCUGAAUGUGUUAAUGAAAUUCUCAUCUUUCAUAAA